UAUCAAGGCAGUUGGAAUGUCUGUCGCUGUGAGAGCAACACCAACUCUCCAGUUUACUGCCUGUAGUCCUGCUUGGAGUCAUGAGUGUUAUGGGACCCCCUACCUGAACAGCAUUUGUUACCAGUGGAACCGUAGCAGUGGAACCAUAGCAGUCUCCAACAUCACCUCAGCUUUUAAAGAGUGCACAAAGCAGAAGGUAGAUCUAGUAUUCCUCUUUGAUGGAUCCCUGAGCAUGAAGAACAAAGACUUUGUAACAAGUAAAGAAUUCAUCAAAACCAUCAUGAAGAGCAUGAGUAACACCUCAAUACAAUUUGCAGCAGUUCAGUUUUCCAAAGUAUUCCGAACAGUUUUCACAUUUAAAGACUUCCAGGACAACAAAGCCUUUAAAAAACUGGAUGAUGAAGAACAAAUGAAAUCUCUGACACACACACAUGGAGCCAUGCACUACGCUCUGAAUAAUCUUUUUGACGAAUCAGAGAGUGGUCGACACCCAGAUGCAACAAAGGUGGUGGUCAUCAUUACUGAUGGCAAUCCAUCAGAUCCUGCUAUAGUCAGAGUGAAUGGCAUCUCAAAGUUGAUUGUAGAAGUCUAUGAAGACCGACACAUCAUGCGCUUUGUCAUUGCGGAUACACUGAUUCUGGGAUCAGUUGGAUCCCACAACUCGAAGGGGUCACUUUAUCAGAUUGAGGGUAAGGGCUCACCUGAGAAGGAAAUUCAAGACCCAGAAAUGCAGGAUGACUCUUACAUGGGCUACUCUGUUGCUGUUGGAAAGAAGAAUGGCAUUCCUUUGUACUUUACGGGUGCUCCAAGAUACAAGCACAAAGGACAGGUCAUUGUUUUCAGCAGAAUUACCAGUAACUGGACCGUCACACAAAGACUUGACAAUGAACAGAUUGGAUCUUAUUUUGGGGCAGAGCUGUGUGCUGUUGACAUUGAUUCUGAUGGCACCACUGACUUCCUCAUGGUCGGGGCUCCCCUACAUUAUCACCCUCAGAGAGAGGGCCAGAUGUAUGUGUAUGCCCUUACAAGAGAGAAUAAGCUGGAGAAGAUGCAGAACAUUUCAGAGUCUUCUAAGGGCAGGUUUGCGUCCUCCAUUGCCUCACUCCGGGACCUGAACGGCGAUGGGCUCCAGGACCUGGCAGUGGGAGCCCCACUGGAGGAUGAGCACAGAGGAGCGGUGUAUAUAUACCUGGGAGACAAAACUAUGGGAAUUCGCCAAAAAUACAGCCAGCGCAUCAGAGCGAAGAUGCUGUCAGAAGGUUUGCAGCAGUUUGGGGUGACCAUUGAUGGGAAGUCUAAUAUGGAUGGACUGACAGAAAUUGCAGUGGGUGCUCGUGGACAGGUGGUUCUGCUAAGGCUCUCGCCUCUGGUAUCAAGCGGAACGGGUGUGAGCCCGGACCAUGACCUGCUCGUGGACAGUGGCAGAUGUGGCGUCUUCCACAGGUCCAGGCCUGUCUUCGAUGUGUCAGCGCACCUCUCCUUCAGCCCGUCAGAGAUCAGCAACCAGCAGUUUGACUGUACCGAGCACAAGGAGGCUUUCCCUACAGUCAACCUGACCAUCUGCUUUAAGAUGAGCGAGGAAACAAAAAGCACAAAAGAUGUACUGAGCACAGGGCUGACGCUGGACUAUGACCUGAUGCUUGACUCCCAGAGAAAAAACAGCAGAGGUUUUCUUGCAGCAAAAAACGUCACUCUGAGAAGUAUUCAGCCAAGGCUUCAUCUAAACAAGACCGAAAUGUGCCAAAAUCACACCAUCUAUAUGCCAAGCUGUGUAAUGGACACGCUGUCCCCUGUCAACGUCAAAGUGAACUUCUCUCAAGCUGAGAGCCAGCAGCCUCAUGGAAUUAUAAAUGUUGACAGUAAGAGGGAGGCCGUAGUGGAGGUGCCCUUUGAGAAAACAUGUGGACACAAUGCCACAUGUGUGGCAAAGCUACAACUGGAUUUCAACUUCACCUCCUCAGCACUGCUGGUGUUCACUGAUCAGGACUACUUAUAUGUGAGAGUGGCAUUGUCUAAUGUGGGCGACGAUUCCUAUUACACCAGCCUCCAUUUCCACUAUCCCAAAGGCCUGUCUCACUCCAAGUUAGAUGUUAUCAAGCGAAACAAGAUAACUCUGACUCGCUGUGAUGGAGACCCAGAUAAAACCGACCUCACCGUAUACAGUGUCUUCCACACUAUUCCUGUCUUUCGCAGUGAGAGCUGGGCCGUAUUCAACGGGUCAUUUCUAAUCACCUCUAGUCUAGAGUGGAAUGAUUUUAUUACAAUGACCAUCACUGCGCACAGUGACAAUGGGGAUCCCAAGGAUAUUUCCCUAUCAAAAACCCUUCCUGUUCUUUUUGCUGUCAACCUAGCUGUGACAUUCCUGGACACCCCUGGUGCCUCGACAACAUAUGUUGAUUACUCACUGGAGGACAGAGGGCCUAAAACCCACUUACACAUAUGUACCGGGUAGCUAACAUAGGCAUGCUACCUCUACCGGUCACAGUCAAAUUUACCUUCCCAACAAAACCUGGGAACUACGUUGAAAUUCAAAGCUACAGUAUUUCACAACUUAAGAACAAUUACACCAUACAGUGCAGUCCCCCUCAGGAGACAAUUACUCAGAACUGUUCUAAGAUGGAAAGCUGCAAGAUGGUUGAGUGUCACAUUCCCACAUUAGACAGGACUGAGUCAGUUCUGUUCACACUGACUGUGAGUGCAGCCUUCAACCUCAAUCCCAAUAAAUAUACAUUCACUGAAAUGAGGUUUAAUAAGGACUACAAAAGUUUUGUGGAAAUCAACUAUAAUCAAACACGUUACAUACAGACUGGAAACGACCAAACUGUUCCUGGACUAGUUUCAGACUUCCAUCGGAUUCAGGGUGUAAGCAGAGCUGAGUUCAUUGUUCCAAUCAACACAUCUCUGAUCAUGGGUUUAGCAGGUGCUGGAGGACUGUUACUGCUAACCUUUAUUACUGCAGUUCUGGCCAAGUGUGGAUUUUUCAAGACAAACAGACCAAUUUUUACUCCAGUCAGGAGGUGACUCAAGAGACCCCGGAGUAUCAAGAAACCCUAUUCUAACAAGAAAAAUGAGAAACAUAUUAGCAGGACCAUGGGCACCUCCCUUAUGCAUAUAUAAGGCACAAUGUAACAUACCUGGCCUAAACAGUAGCAGGAAAGGAUGCUGGUACACAUAAUUGACACCAUGGGAUGGAUAUAUGCAGUGCAUUGUGAAACCCCCCUGAGUCAUCACUUUUUCCUAGUCUUGAUAGAAACUAGCCAAAACAAGUUCGGUCAUAUGUCCGUUAGCCAUGUGUCUUUCACUGAAAUAAUGGGACUGUAUGUGUGCUGUCAGAGCGUAAUUAAUAAGACCCGUUUCUUUAAGAGCCUUUCGUUUAUCAAUGACGUAAUCAAUAGGAUAUUUGAAAAGCUUUGGAUGCACUGUCGGUAUGUUAGUUUCGUUAUCGUUUUCUGUUUGUGAGUCUGUUACUAUUUGUUACAUUUCAUGUCUUUAGAUACACUGUGUAUGUUAGUUUGUGAUCGUUUUCUGUUCACGAUACCGUUACUAUCGUUUUCUGUUUGUGAGUCUGUUACUAUUUGUUACAUUUCAUGUCUUUAGAUACACUGUGUAUGUUAGUUUGUUAGUUAGAUGUACUGUUGGUUUGUUCGUUCGUGAUCAUGUUUGAUUUGUUAGCAAUAGUUAGUUUAACUCUAGAGUUAACUUUUAAUGUGUAGGCAUAUUAGCGUAUUAGCAUAUUGAUAGAAUUAAUUUGGAAACACUGUUCAUGACCUAAGAAUGUAUUAAUCGAGUGCCUUGUAUUAAUAUUUACCUUGUAUCAUUUUGUAACCAGGAACAUGGCUUUUCUGUGUCUUUGUGUGUGUGUAACUUAGAUUAUUAGGUGCUGAUGCCACUUAGUCUGCAUAUGUGGUAAGAGCUUUGCGUAAGAGAAGGAACCUUUUGUCUAUGUUUGGGUGAGCUCAGAGGUGAUAAGAAGGGUUGAACUGUGCUUGUUCGACCCUGUGAAAACUGACAUCCUUGCAUGACAGAAAGUUGAGUUGAGAUGACAGAAGAGGACUUUUAGUUGAGCGUGGCUAUUCUUGCUGACAUUUGAACCGCUUAUGGCGUCGGAAUUAGAUAAAUCUUAAGUAUAUAAACCCUGUGCGAUGUUUGUGAAAUUGCUUCACUUUCAUCCUUGUGCUGUGAGUGAGCUUAAUUGCAAUUGU